AGGCGUCGGAGCCGGCGUCGGAGCUGCCCGCUGGGGGAGAGAGAGAGGAAAGAGACAGAGAGCGAGCUAGGAGAGGAGCCCGAGGCGAAAAAGUAACUGUCAAAUGCGCGGCUCCUUUAACCGGAGCGCUCAGUCCGGCUCCGAGAGUCAUGGCGACCGCAGCGUCUAACCACUACAGCCUGCUCACCUCCAGCGCCUCCAUCGUGCACGCUGAGCCGCCCGGCGGCAUGCAGCAGGGUGCGGGGGGCUACCGCGAGGCGCAGAGCCUGGUGCAGGGCGACUACGCCGCGCUGCAGAGCAACGGGCACCCGCUCAGCCACGCUCACCAGUGGAUCACCGCGCUGUCCCACGGCGGCGGUGGUGGGGGCGGUGGCGGCGGCGGCGGGGGCGGGGGUGGUGGCGGGGGCGGCGGCGACAGCUCCCCGUGGUCCACCAGCCCCUUGGGCCAGCCGGACAUCAAGCCCUCCGUGGUGGUGCAGCAGGGCGGCCGCGGCGACGAGCUGCACGGGCCAGGCGCCCUGCAGCAGCAGCACCAGCAGCAGCAACAGCAGCAGCAACAGCAGCAGCAGCAGCAACAGCAGCAGCAGCAGCAGCGGCCGCCGCAUCUGGUGCACCACGCCGCCAACCACCACCCGGGGCCCGGGGCAUGGCGGAGCGCGGCGGCUGCGGCGCACCUCCCGCCCUCCAUGGGAGCGUCCAACGGCGGCUUGCUCUACUCGCAGCCCAGCUUCACCGUGAACGGUAUGCUGGGUGCCGGCGGGCAGCCGGCGGGGCUGCACCACCACGGCCUGCGGGACGCGCACGACGAGCCUCACCACACCGACCACCACCCGCACCCGCACUCACAUCCGCACCAGCAGCCACCGCCCCCGCCGCCCCCUCAGGGCCCGCCCGGGCACCCCGGCGCGCACCACGACCCGCACUCGGAUGAGGACACGCCGACCUCGGAUGACCUGGAGCAGUUCGCCAAGCAGUUCAAGCAGCGGCGGAUCAAACUGGGAUUUACCCAAGCGGACGUGGGGCUGGCGCUGGGCACCCUGUAUGGCAACGUGUUCUCGCAGACCACCAUCUGCAGGUUUGAGGCCCUGCAGCUGAGCUUCAAAAACAUGUGCAAGCUGAAGCCUUUGUUGAACAAGUGGUUGGAGGAGGCGGACUCGUCCUCGGGCAGCCCCACGAGCAUAGACAAGAUCGCAGCGCAGGGGCGCAAGAGGAAAAAGAGGACCUCCAUCGAGGUGAGCGUCAAGGGGGCUCUGGAGAGCCAUUUCCUCAAAUGCCCCAAGCCCUCGGCCCAGGAGAUCACCUCCCUCGCGGACAGCUUACAGCUGGAGAAGGAGGUGGUGAGAGUUUGGUUUUGUAACAGGAGACAGAAAGAGAAAAGGAUGACCCCUCCCGGAGGGACUCUGCCGGGCGCCGAGGAUGUAUACGGGGGGAGUAGGGACACGCCACCACACCACGGGGUGCAGACACCCGUCCAGUGAACUCGAGCGGGGGGAGGGGCAGAGCGCGGGGCUCCCCUCCCCUUCGGUCCAGGGCCCUUUCCCGGCCCUCUUUUUCCCUCUCUAACUUCUGAUUGUUCUUUUAUUUUUAAUUAUUAUUUCCCCGUCCCUUAAAGAGAAAAAAAAAUAAGGAAAACAACUAAGGCACUGGACUAUCCUUUGAAUGGUAGCAGGUGUAAUGAUGUGUUUUGACCUUUACAGGCUAGUACCCAGGCAAUGGAGUGGAGUGUCUCAUAGAGGAGAAUGAGAGAGUGAGAAUGAGUGAGAGAAAGAGAGUGAGAGAGAGAGGGAGAGAGAAGGAGAGAGAAAGUUCAAUACUGAGUUAAAUACCUGGCAAAACUAAAUAAAUUACCAAAAAGAAAAAAAAAAUCCACCAAACCAUGAUAAACACAAAACACAGCUCCUGAUGCUUGGAGUUGGCACAUGCUGCUGUGUUUAUUUAAUGUGGAUCCCCAGCAGGAAGGAGGGAGAAAUACACACGUUCUUUGAUGUAGGCAACAUUUAACCACAUAAAUUUGCACUGCAAGAAAAUUGAAGUUUACAUGAACAAAUUCAUGAACAUGUUUUUCUUUCUCCCACCGUUAAUUUUGAAAUUGUGGGGUUUGGGUUAGUUGGGUUUGAUUUGGUUCAUCGGAGAGAGUUGAAGCCAGCUCCUGGCCACUUACCAUGUCCAAUAUUUUUGUGCUGCCCCUCUUUCUUCUUAUGGCUUGUGAACUUUCCAAAUUCCACCCCUCCCCUUACAUUAGUAUAACAUUUAUUUGCACCCUUUACCAAAGCAAACCAAUUGGCUUCAUACAAAAUAAAUAAUUCCCUGCAUUCAGGAAAUGUGCAUGGUCUACCCGCUUUAUCCAAGGCAAGAAUCCUGUUUGGAAUU